CUAACCUGUACGCAGCAGUGGCAGCUGUGUAUUUCUCAACACUUGCUCUGAUACCUGAACUAAAGUCAACCUGUACUUUCUGAACACAACCCCAGAAAUAUCGCCUGGAUGUUAACAUCAUGGCUGUGUUUGACAACUACUCUGUGCUUUUGGAGCUCAAAGCGCUGCCUUACAAGGAGAAGAAGAAGCUGAAAUCAGCCAUCACAGACAAUGGAGGAAACCUUUCCUUCGUGGUCAAUAAACAGUGCUCUCUGAUAGUGACCAGUGAUGUGUCCAACCUGAGCUCCAACAGGCUGCGGAGUAUCCAAAAAUACCAAACACCUGUGGUCGGGGUGGAUUAUGUAUACAUCUGUCUGGAGAAGGGAGUUCUUCUGCCUGUUGAUGAAUACAAGCUGGACAUUUCCUCUCCCUCGCCUUUCUCUCCUCCUCUUCCUCUCUCCUCACCGAGGCGAAAUCCAAUAUCACAUCACGGUAUUAUCAUUAGAGGCGUGUCCAAAGUACCAUCGAGCAAAACCCCUCUUGAGCUUUCCAGGAGGGAAGAGACUUCAGGGAGGAGCGGAAACAUCUUGGAUAAGUUCAGAAUUUAUACUGAAACUGAUAUUACUCUUCCAAAGUACCCGGAUCGUUUUCAAGUGGCCAAGUAUUCUAUCUUUGAAAAGAUAAACAGCAGGACGUGGUGUGUGCUGGAGCUGCAGAGUUACAGAGGGGACACAGGAUGCCGGUACCGUGUGGUCAGGUACUGGAAGGACGAUAUCGGAGCCAAGAAGGCUGCGGUGAGGGAUAUGCUGGUGUUCUUGUCCACCUCAGAGGAAGCUCUGGAGGUCUACAAGACCCUGAAAGAGACCCUGCAGGCUGAUGGUCUGCAGCUGAGGAACAACACCCCCCCACAGGCCCCAGAACUCGGCUCCACCCCCCUCCAGCAGCUGCUGCUGGAGGAGAAGCUGAACACAGGAAGCUUAUCGCAGGAAGUGGGAGUGUUUGUGGAGCUGCUGUGGACCGAGGCCCUGGGUUGCCUCGGCAACAUCCUCACAGUUUCCAUCGACAAGCUCAGCCUCAGUGAUGUGAGCAGGGUGGAAGGCUUGUUGCUCCAGGCUCAGAGGAAGAUGAAGAAGUUAGAUUAUAACGAGGUUGACUCUCUUAUUGAUGAGGUUUACACCCUUCUGCCGCACAAAGAGCCAAGCCCCUUUCCUCCCACUGCCAAGUUCAUCUCUCAGAAACUGGAUCUCUGUCAGUUAAUCCGAGACAUUCUGAACGUGAGUGAAAUGACCCUGAGGAGCCCCAUGCCUUCCUGUCUGGGGAAGUACCGCGCUCUGAGGUGCGGCAUUGAGGCGGUUCCCCCCGACACCCCCGAGUUUCAGGCUGUGACCUCCCUGCUGCAGGACAGGAAGUUGCAGAUCAAGAAGGUUCUGCGUGUCAGCCGAGGAGUGGAGCUCCAGACGUUUAAGAGUGAGUUUGGGAACGUUCAGCCCCUGCUGCACUCCUCCAGACCCAGCAACUUUGUGGGCGUCCUGUCUCGUGGUCUGUUGCUGCCCCGGGUUGGAGUGGAGCAUCAUGGGAUUGAGAGAACAGACGUGGGUUAUCUGGGCAGUGGAAUCUAUUUUAGUGAUUCAGUGAGCACCAGUUUGAAAUACUCCAAUCCCAGCCAGACAGACGGCUCUCGGCUGCUGUUGGUGAGUGACGUGGCGUUGGGUCAGUGCGUGGACGUCCAUAAGAAAGACCUCACACUGACCCAGGCUCCGGAGGGACACGACAGCGUGCACGGGGUUCGCCGCACCCCCAACACUCACUCUGAGUUUGUGGACGAUGAGUACGUGGUCUACAGUCCUGAUCAGGUGAAGCUGAAGUAUGUAGUGCAGUUCAGCAUAGAGGGAGACGGACUGAAGGAGUUCAGUCCCACCAUCAACAUCUGCGCCGAGGCGGGACCGCCCUCUCAGGAUCGAGAUGAGAAGAUAACAGAGAAACCGGACAAUGAUGAUAUGCUCACGCCGGAUGAAUUAGAAAUCUUUGAUAACCCUCUGGACAAACUGAAGGCCGGGCUGAUGGACCGCUCAGGUCAGCAGCUCCCUCUGCAGACCGUCCAUGUGAAGUGCAAACUGAUCGAUCUGCACUCUCAGGUCAUCAUCUUCCAGAAAUACACAAAUCUGAGCUCUGUGCCCAUCGAGGCAAAGUAUGUCUUCCCCCUGGAGGAUUCUGCAGCAGUGUGUGGAUUUGAAGCUUUCAUCAAUGGGAAACAUGUGGUGGGACAGGUGAAGGAGAAAGAGACGGCACGCAAGGAGUACAAGCAGGCGAUAAAGAAAGGACAUGGAGCCUACCUCAUGGACCAGGACGUCCCUGAUGUGUUCACCAUCAGUGUGGGCAAUCUGCCGCCCAACGCGACCGUCCUCAUUAAAGUCACGUUUGUGUCUGAGCUGAUCGUCACUGACGGGAUGAUUAUCUUCUACCUCCGUAGUAAUGUGGCUCCGUGGCAGGAGAGUGCGGCGCUCAACCAGACCACACAGGUCACUGUGGAGAAGGUGUGUGUGAAAGAUGAGGCGAGAGAGUUCACCCUGGACAUGUCAAUCGAGAUGCCAAAUGAGAUCACAGAGCUGCGGUGCACGAGUCAUAAAGUCAAGAUUAAGAAAACAGACUGUAAGGCGGUGUUGAGCAUGUUGCCAGGACAGGCCCUGGGCCCGGAUGGUUUCCUUCUGUCAGUCACUCUGUUGGAGCUCCACCUGCCCAGGAUGUGGGUGGAGAAACACCCCGACAAGGACAGCCAGGCCAGCAUGUUAGUCUUCUAUCCAGACUUUGAAGUGAACUCCGAUCCAGAAUCUGAUGAACUCGUCCUGCUGCUGGACACGUCAGAGUCCAUGAAGGGAGAAUCUCUCACCUUGGCCCGUAAAAUCGCCCUGAUGGUCCUCAGAGAACUGGAUAUCAACUCCAAACUCAAUGUCAUUUUAUUUGGCACAGAUCACAAGGACGCUUUCCUCUCAGCACGGCCGCGCAUUGAAGCUGAACAGGAAGCAGAGACAUUUAUCAAGCUCUCCCCUCCAGUAGGGGGCAGCACUGAGUUGUGGAGACCCCUGCGAGCCCUCAGCCUGCUGCCUCCGUCCCGCGGCGUCAGGAACCUGCUGCUGCUGUCGGACGGACACAUCCAGAACGCAGAGCUCACCCUGCAGCUGCUCAGAGACAACGCCAAGCACAGCCGCCUCUUCACCUGCGGCCUCAGCGCGACAGCCAAUCGGCACAUGCUCAGAGCCCUGGCUCAGGUCGGGGGCGGAGCCUUUGAAUUCUUCGACACAAAACCCAAACACAAUAGAUGGAUGAAUAAGAUUUUGUCUCAGCUGAAUCGCAUGGCGUCUCCCAGCUGCAGUUCAGUGUCAGUGAAGUGGCAGCAGUUCAACCUGACAGCGCCCCCUCCUGUUCAAGCUCCCAAGCAGCUCCAUGCUCUGUUCAACGACUGCCACACCCUGGUGUACGGCUUUGUGCCGCACUGCACUCAGGCCACCCUGCUCGGAAAUCUCAACGGUCAGGAGCUCCAAACCAUGGUGUCAACCAGUGAGCUGCAGAAGACUAGAGGCACAUUUCUUCACAAGCUCACUGCGAGGGCCCUCAUAAGGGAUUACGAAGACGGAAGCCUGGAUACCAAUGAAGCCGAACAUGAGGGAAAGAAGGCGGAGCUGAAGCACUUCGUCAUCGAGUUAAGCAAAGAGUUCUCCAUCCUGUCUCAGUUCACCAGCUUUGUGGCCAUCGAGGAAAGGGACUCAGGACAACCAGAGGAAGGCUUUACAGACAUCCCAAAGCUGAUCGCCGAGGAAGAUGUGGACAUCCUCCCCUACAUGGGCUGGAUUUCUCCUCAGGACAGUGAAGAGAGCGACUUUGGGGAUGAUAGUGAUGAGAUCUCCGAAUACUAUAUGGGUAUGGAGUUUCGUGGAGCGUCCAUCAAUCUAGAAAAGUGUCUGAUCGAAGGAGAGUCUGAAGCUGAGUCUGAGGAGUCUGAAGAUAAGGAUGACUAUGAGGAUGACGAUGCAGAUGAAUAUGAGUGUAAAAGCCUAUUCCAAAUGAAGGAGGUCUUUUCCUUAAAAAUGAAUAAAGCAGGAAAGGCUGUUUUGGAAGGAAAUGACUUUCAAGGGCCUCAAUUCGAUGACAUUUCCAUUCCUCGUCCUCAAAGUGGUUUUUCAUCCCCCUUAGUCUGUCCUCCUCCUCCUCCUCGUCGUCUUCGUCCUUCAAGCGCCUCAUUUGAUCCUCAACCGCUGCUCCAACAAACACAACAGGCCCAAAGGUCUCUUUUCGGUCGGGCUCAAGGUGUAAUGGAUUUCAGCAGCACCAUUUCAAUGCAAGCUAGAAAUACUUCAGUUGAGUGGAUGCGGGUGACGGAGGUGCCUUCUACCGCUUUUUGUCCAGGUCCUCCCCAUCGUGAAAACUUGUGUCUCGAUGAGGCCAGGCCAGCUCAGGUCAGUGAGCCACGGGACAGACAAGCUUUUGGGGAAUUUGACGACUGCCUAGAUUUAUGCUGCUCUUUAGAUAUAGCUGAUGUAGAGAAAUUAGCUGCAUUUCAGCCAGUAGGGUCUUUAUUCUCCACAGCUCCAAUAUUUAGUCCAAGGCCAUUUUCUGCGAAGUUGAGGGGAUUUGGAAGUGUCAGGGGCUAUGUGCCUGAAGAGGAACCUCUUAUACAACAUCAGCAAAUGAAAGCUCCCCAUCCAGUUCCACUUGAUGAAGCAGCAGAUGUAAGGCAACAGGGGCACAUGUAUAUAGCAGAUGCAAUGCUUGAAGCAGAUGAUGAACCACUAGGUUUAUCUGCUUGGAAAGCACGGGUCGUGAAGAAGUCGUCGAAGAAGAGGAGGCACCAUCUUUUAAGUUCUUACAGCUUGUGUGAAUCAGCUGAUCAACAAUUUGAGAUGAAGCAGGCAGAUCCUGAAGCACUGAAGCGCAGAUGGACAGAGAUCUUCCAAAUGCAGCAUCCAGAGGGUUACUGGCAGUUAACCACAGAACUGGGAGAGCUGAUCAGUUUGGAUGUGGACCUCUUCGCCAAUGUGUUCCUGAAAAACAAAGGCAUCCACUCUCUGGGUGUGACGGCCCAUAAAGACAUCCUGAGGCUGGUGGCGACUCUGCUGGUUCUGCAGCUGAUGAGAGAGGAGAAGAUCGAGGAGGGCAAACUGCUCCGCACCCUCUUCUGCCUGCACGACUCCCCUCUGCUCAGGCCUGAGCGCUGGGAGGAGAUGAAGAGGGCGGUGGACUGGGUCUGCUGGGCGGACCGGCAGUACCCGUGUAUCUACAGCCGCCUGGAGUUUGGAUUGAGCUGGGAGUCGUCCACCCGCCAGCUGCUGGGCUUCGAAGGCCUCCCUCCCUCCUCCCCUCUCAAGGGGCUGAACCUGCAGAAGGCCGUCCCCCAGGUCCUGUGCCACUGAGCAGCAUAGUGAGAGGGAAGCUCAAACCACUUUGCCUUUUUAAGGGGAUUAUAUAAUCUAUGUUUCUUUUGAUCACGUAUAGCCCUUUUAUUGUCGGUGUGUUGAUGUGCACAUAAACAGGUAGAUAAAAUUGACUUUCUGCAGAUCUGAUUUCUUAAACUUCCUGAAUAUAAGAAGCAGUUUGCUUAGAGCCAAUGUCUACAUAGCACCUUUUCUGCACGUCAGCAUCUUUUUUACAAUUUAUUUUCCAAAAAGCCUGUUCGUUAGAGCAGAUCUGCCGGUGAGUGUGUGGCUUUUAUCACCAUACACACAUCAUCCUCCUCACUGUAAGGCUGUCACACUGAAGCUGUGAGGCUCAAACGUACAAAAUGUGAGAACAAGCAUGUUCCUGUUUGUUCUCAUAGUAAAAAAAAAAAACUUAACAAUGUCAAACAAAUACAUACACCAACAGUUAAGUGAACCAAAGGGGGGAGGCUAGUCUGUCAUUCAACCAUUGUGAUGCAUAGUCCAGACACAGUCCUUAUUCGGGAAAAGGGGAUUUGAACGCUAGUCCACACCAACGCCUUCAGAUAGAGAAAGCAUCAGUGUGACCUCUCUCGAAGGGUUUCGAUGACUAGCAGUGUAUCUGCAUGUUGUAAUCAUCCCAUAAGAAAUGAGUCAGACUUUGAAAAGCUUAGUAAUUAGCUUUGGUUUCUAUUUCUUCUAAAUGUUUCACUGGUUAGCUGAGUAACAGCUGUCAGACGUGUUAAUAAAAUAAGGAAGCAGUGCUUAAAAAGGGUCCGUUUCUCGGAAAGAUCUUUGGCUGGCGUGUUCAAUGUAUGUGUUGCUUCUCUGAGUAACCUUCUACAAGUGAUGGCUUUUUGUCUUGUGUUUCAUGUAUAACUGCCUUUAAGCACCUUUGAUUAUUUGAGUGUAGGAUUAAGGAUCUUCUAUCACAGUAUAUGCAGUUUUUAAUCAUGGUAGCAGUAUAAAUUAGGCUGCUGUAAAUUCAAUAAAGAAGUGGAUUAAAAUAACCUGAUUGUGGAGUAAAUCCUCUUUUUCUUGAAACAACUGCCUCUCAAGAGACAUCACAUUUAAAAUCUCACAUCAGAAAAAAUCUGGACGUUUUUAAGAUGAAACGGUACAAAUAAGUUUGACUCUGAAAUAAAUAUCAGAUCAAAAGACUUCGGUCAACAUACAAAUCCUGCAAGUUUUUAGAAAUAUAACUUUUUCUGAACAUUACUAAGACAGACACCUAAAAUAAAGAUGGUGGGUGUAUUGCAUGUUUUCUUUGACGUCAACACAUGGCUGAUGUCAGACAAAAAGCAGCUUUAACACUUUCCAUUUUCUUCUCAAAGGGAAGAAAACUUCCCUGGAAGUUAGUUUUGAAAUGAUGUGAACUUUGUAUGUUUAUGAUCAGCACACAGAGUAGUUCAGAGGAAAGAAAUAACACAAAGUAACUUGAGUUAGGUAAUUAGUUCAUCAAGUGUGUGUGUGUGUUUAUGUAAUCGUGAACAAAAAUAAAAUCUUUCAAAAGUUCA